AUGGACGACAUCAACCUCCAUUACCGCUUUCUUAACUGGAGACGGAGGAUCCGGGAGAUUCGUGAGGUGCGGGCUGUGCGGUACCGUGAGCGGUUCAAGAGGAUGCUGAGAGACGGAGACCUGCUAAGGUGGGGAUGAAAACUGUCAAGUGUAGGAUGAUGAAUGAGGAAUUGAAUUAUUUUUUCCCCCCAGAAGGAAUAUCAGUUGUGGUAAGUCGGAUAAGAUCAAGAUACAAACUGUAUAGUAGGCCUUAACAUAAACAGAAACAUUCAUACAUAAUAAUAUAUAAUGACACUAGCCAAAACAGUGUUCCUCUAUCCUGGUUCAGGGCAAGGAAUGUAAAGAGAAGGAACAGUCAGGGCUUGGUUUCCCAACAAUGGCCGAAGAUGUAAAAUGCGUUUCCAAAAACACCAGGCAGAGAGCGUUUACAAAAACACCACGCAGCGAGAACGGUCGCUAAGUGCGUUGUUGGAGCAUGUAUUGAUACUGAUAGUAUCAAAAUAAAGGGAGCGCUGCUCUCGGAUCAGCUUUUUCCAUUCAAAUCUUACCUUAACAUUCACAAUACUGAAAACGGAUCAGCUCGUAUUACUACCUACGGCUGCAAAUAUUGAGGUGUCUUAUUCUAAUGCUUACCCAAUAAAAAUGCACUAAGUCACCAAUUUGGCACAUCAUUGCACACAUGUUAGGCCAGUGGUUCCCAACCAGAGGUACUAGGACCCCUGGGGGUACUUGGCCUAUCCACAGGGGGUACAUGAGAAGACUCAUGAGACCAUAGGCUUACUGGUAAAAUGCACACGAGGGGGUACUCUGGGCAGAGCAAAAUUCAGUUGGUAGUACAGCAACCGAAAAAGGUUGGGAACCUUUGUGUUAGGCUACACAUCAUUAAAUAUAUUGAGAAAAUUACAGACAGUAGCCUACAAGUAGCAAAAUAGAACUAAAUUGAUUGAACAUGAAACGUAUUUCAAUAUGAUUGAAAUAGGCCUAUAGCCUACUGUUUAUUUUAAUGCAGUCAUCUUGGUUCAUUUGAAGCAUCUUUUUAUACGUCGCUUUUUUGUAUCAAUUGCAAAGACAUUGUCAACUUUUAAUUUAUUGUCAACUUUGUUCUGAAGGUAUCAGCGGUCAAAGAGAGAUUGAUAAACCAUGUGAUUUUAUGUUUAGCGGAGGAGAUCUUCUGUAUAAAGUGCCGCGGGAAGGCAAAAAAGCAUCUACAACGCACUUAGCUGUUCUACGAGUGGUCUGAGGCAGGCGAUAGAUUAAGAGCAUUUUCAAGUGCAACGUUAAUAACGAUGGUUUUGGGAAACAGCUCGGAGAUUUAACGAUGCUCCUACGAAGGUUCUAAUGAUGAACUUAGCCUUAAGAUGCUUUUUGGAAACCAGGCCCAGAUCAGUCAGUCAGACACAGUUUACCCAAAAUGCAUCACGGACCUAAUGUUUUCGAACACGGCCACCCUGUGGCCCUGUCCACAGAACCAAGGAAUGUAAAGAGAAGGAACAUUCAGAUGCAUCAUAAUAACUCUAUCCUUGGUUCUGGAGACCCACAGGCAUGAUGGCCUUGUUCGAGAACAUCAAAUCCGUGAUGCAAUGUGGGUAAAUUGUGACUGACGGCUGAUCUACAAAUAAUAAUAAGUAGUUAUUAUUCAAGGUGAUUUAUAGAUCAGGUAGUCGGCGACUGCAUUGCAGUCAAAGCCAAACAAGCCCGCUGUGAGUGAAGUAUUUUGUUGCAGCCAAGUAGUAACACCUGAUUCAAGCCCUUGAUGAGCUGACUCAGGUGUGUUAGUUUGUACUGGGACCUAGGCCCGUAUCCACAAAGCAUCUCAGAAAACGUCCUAGGAAUCCUGUUAAAACCUGUUUUAAGACUUAAAAAACUCCCAGCUCAGAGUAGGUUGUAGGAUGAUGUUAAGACACUGCCCAGACAAACUCUUAGCCAGGAGCAAAAUCACUCAUAAAAGUUGAUCUCAGCUGGUAAUCACAAUCACGACAGUUUGAGGUACCGCAAAGGAAAGAUAGUGAUGACACUUAUUGACAUUGUUGCAAAUUAUGGGGAAUAACCAUUUGCGAUGAGGCAUCGCCAGCUGUGAACUCUAUAGCACACUUCAGAAAACCACAGUGAAUGUGACUGUACAUCAAAUGUUGUAAUGGUAAAAAUGUUUGCUAUCAUCACUUUGCCUAGGCCUACUCUUAAUUAUUGCCUAAUAUGUUGGCAUUCAUAUAUAUACAUUACCGUUCAAAAGUUUGGGGUCACUUAGAAAUUUCCUUGUUUUCCAUGAAAACAUACAUGAAAUUAGUUUGAAUAGGAAAUAUAGCAAAAUGAAUAGGAAAUGUAGUCAUUGACAAGGUUAGAAAUAAUGCUUUUUAAUUGAAAUAAUAAUUGUGUCCUUCAAACUUUGCUUUCGUCAAAGAAUCCUCCAUUUGCAGCAAUUACAGCCUUGCAGACCUUUGGCAUUCUAGUUGUCAAUUUGUUGCGGUAAUCUGAAGACAUUUCACCCCAUGCUUCCUGAAGCACCUCCCACAAGUUGGAUUGGCUUGAUGGGCACUUCUUACGUACCAUACAGUCAAGCUGCUCCCACAACAGCUCAAUAGGGUUGAGAUCCGGUGACUGUGCUGGCCACUCCAUUAUAGACAGAAUACCAGCUGACUGCUUCUUCCCUAAAUAGUUAUUGCAUAGUUUGGAGCUGUGCUUUGGGUCAUUGUCCUGUUGUAGGAGGAAAUUGGCUCUAAUCAAGUGCCGUCCACAGGGUAUGGCAUGGCGUUGCAAAAUGGAGUGAUAGCCUUCCUUCUUCAAGAUCCCUUUUACCCUGUACAAAUCUCCCACUUUACCACCACCAAAGCACCCCCAGACCAUCACAUUGCCUCCACCAUGCUUGACAGAUGGCAUCAAGCACUCCUCCAGCAUCUUUUCAUUUGGUCUGCGUCUCAUAAAUGUUCUUCUUUGUGAUCUGAACACUUCAAACUUCGAUUCGUCUGUCCAUAACACUUUUUAACAUCUUCCUCUGUCCAGUGUCUGUGUUCUUUUGUCCAUCUUAAUCUUUUCUUUUUAUUGGCCAGUCUGAGAUAUGGCUUUUUCUUUGCAACUCUGCCUAGAAGGUCAGCAUCCCGGAGUCGCCUCUUCACUGUUGACGUUGAGACUGGCAUUUUGCGGGUACUAUUUAAUGAAGCUGCCAGUUGAGGACCUGUGAUGCAUCUGUUUCUCAAACUAGACACUAAAUGUAUUUGUCCUCUUGCUCAGUUGUGCACCGGGGCCUCCCACUCCUCUUUCUAUUCUGGUUAGAGCCAGUUUGCGCUGUUCUGUGAAGGGAGUAGUACACAGCGUUGUACGAGAUCUUCAGUUUCUUGGCAAUUUCUCGCAUGGAAUAGCCUUCAUUUAUCAGAACAAGAAUAGACUGACGAGUUUCAGAAGAAAGUUCUUUGUUUCUGGCCAUUUUGAGCCUGUAAUCGAACCCACAAUUGCUGAUGCUCCAGAUACUCAACUAGUCUCAAGAAGGCCAUACACAAAAAUUUAUGCACGCAUGACUGUAAGUCGCUUUGGAUAAAAGCGUCUGCUAAAUGGCAUAUUAUUAUUAUUAUUAUAAGGCCAGUUGUGUUGCUUCUUUAAUCAGCACAACAGUUUUCAGCUGUGCUAACAUAAUUGCAAAAUGGUUUUCUAAUGAUCAAUUAGCCUUUUAAAAUUAUAAACUUGGAUUAGCAAACACAACAUGCCAUUGGAACACAGGACUGAUGGUUGCUGAUAAUGGGCCUCUGUACGCCUAUGUAGGUAUUCCAUUAAAAAUCUGCCGUUUCCAGCUACAAUAGCCAUUUACAACAUUAACGAUGUCUACACUGUAUUUCUGAUCAAUUUGAUGUUAUUUUAAUGGACAAAAAAAUUGCUUUUCUUUCGAAAACAAGGACAUUUCUAUGUGACCCUAAACUUUUGAACGGUAGUGUAUAUAUAUUUUUUAACCAAUUCUGAUGGUUGUUAAAAGUGGAAUUUUAGCAAUAUUAUUGUUAUAUCAACACAUUUGCAAUCCCGUUUAACAACUGUAAAUUGCUUUGACAAAGCAGGAAUCGAGUCACUUGCCAAUAAUGUUGCAUACAACGUUGUAUACGUUUUAAAGGUCUAUCAUUUUCAUCGAACACAAUCAAAGUUAACAUAAGCCCUAGUCGCCAGCAGAUUUGACACCUUACACUUGCUUACAGCUGCACAACACAUUUCUCAUCCCUACACAUUUCUCAUCCCUACACAUUUCUCAUCCCUACACAUUUCUCAUCCCUGGAUUGAUGUACGUUUUCCGAGCCAUAUCUCGCGCCGGCUCAGCAGUUUCUUAAUGUAAGCAAACGUCCUGUCGGAGCCUGUGUAGCUGUAAGCCAGCAUAAGGUGUCGUCCUGUCGGAGCCUGUGUAGCUGUAAACCAGCAUAAGGUGCCGUCCUGUCGGAGCCUGUGUAGCUGUAAGCCAGCAUAAGGUGCCGUCCUGUCGGAGCCUGUGUAGCUGUAAGCCAGCAUAAGGUGUCGUCCUGUCGGAGCCUGUGUAGCUGUAAGCCAGCAUAAGGUGUCGUCCUGUCGGAGCCUGUGUAGCUGUAAGCCAGCAUAAGGUGUCGUCCUGUCGGAGCCUGUGUAGCUGUAAGCCAGCAUAAGGUGUCGUCCUGUCGGAGCCUGUGUAGCUGUAAGCCAGCAUAAGGUGUCGUCCUGUCGGAGCCUGUGUAGCUGUAAGCCAGCAUAAGGUGUCGUCCUGUCGGAGCCUGUGUAGCUGUAAGCCAGCAUAAGGUGUCGUCCUGUCGGAGCCUGUGUAGCUGUAAGCCAGCAUAAGGUGUCGUCCUGUCGGAGCCUGUGUAGCUGUAAGCCAGCAUAAGGUGUCGUCCUGUCGGAGCCUGUGUAGCUGUAAGCCAGCAUAAGGUGUCGUCCUGUCGGAGCCUGUGUAGCUGUAAGCCAGCAUAAGGUGUCGUCCUGUCGGAGCCUGUGUAGCUGUAAGCCAGCAUAAGGUGUCGUCCUGUCGGAGCCUGUGUAGCUGUAAGCCAGCAUAAGGUGUCGUCCUGUCGGAGCCUGUGUAGCUGUAAGCCAGCAUAAGGUGUCGUCCUGUCGGAGCCUGUGUAACUGUAAGCCAGCAUAAGGUGUCGUCCUGUCGGAGCCUGUGUAGCUGUAAGCCAGCAUAAGGUGUCGUCCUGUCGGAGCCUGUGUAACUGUAAGCCAGCAUAAGGUGUCGUCCUGUCGGAGCCUGUGUAACUGUAAGCCAGCAUAAGGUGUCAUCCUGUCGGAGCCUGUGUAACUGUAAGCCAGCAUAAGGUGUCGUCCUGUCGGAGCCUGUGUAACUGUAAGCCAGCAUAAGGUGUCGUCCUGUCGGAGCCUGUGUAGCUGUAAGCCAGCAUAAGGUGUCGUCCUGUCGGAGCCUGUGUAACUGUAAGCCAGCAUAAGGUGUCGUCCUGUCGGAGCCUGUGUAACUGUAAGCCAGCAUAAGGUGUCGUCCUGUCGGAGCCUGUGUAGCUGUAAGACAGCAUAAGGUGUCGUCCUGUCGGAGCCUGUGUAACUGUAAGCCAGCAUAAGGUGUCGUCCUGUCGGAGCCUGUGUAGCUGUAAGCCAGCAUAAGGUGUCGUCCUGUCGGAGCCUGUGUAACUGUAAGCCAGCAUAAGGUGUCGUCCUGUCGGAGCCUGUGUAACUGUAAGCCAGCAUAAGGUGUCGUCAUGUCGGAGCCUGUGUAGCUGUAAGCCAGCAUAAGGUGUCGUCCUGUCGGAGCCUGUGUAGCUGUAAGCCAGCAUAAGGUGUCGUCCUGUCGGAGCCUGUGUAGCUGUAAGCCAGCAUAAGGUGUCGUCCUGUCGGAGCCUGUGUAGCUGUAAGCCAGCAUAAGGUGUCGUCCUGUCGGAGCCUGUGUAACUGUAAGCCAGCAUAAGGUGUCGGAUCGGCUGGCUAAAGCCCUAGAUGCCUUAGAUCUGUUCAAUGUGCGCUAUUUCUAUGCUUCCUGUUCUUAAUUUUAGUUUUUGCGUCUUUUACUUUCAGUUUUGUACACCGGCUUCAAACAGCUGAAACAACAAUAUUUUUAGUUAUAGAAAAUAUAUUUCACAGCAGUUUAGCUGGUAUAAUGGGCUCCCAAGUGGUGCAGCGGUCUAAGGCACUGCAUCUCAGUGCUUGAGGCGUCACUACAGACCACCUGGUUCGAUUCCAGGCUGUAUCACAACCGGCCGUGAUUGGGAGUCCCAUAGGGCGGCGCACAAUUGGCUCAGCGUCGUCCGGGUUUGGCCGGUGUAGGCCGUCAUUGUAAAUAAGAAUUUGUUCUUAACUGACUUGCCUAGUUAAAUAAAGGUAAAAUAUAUAUAUAUAUAUAUAUAUAUAUUCUCUACACUAUACUAGCUUACUUUGUCACAUAAACUGAAAUUAGGCGAACUAUUAGAGUAUUAGUAACCAGGAAAUGGUGGAGCGAUUUCUGCAUAGUGCAACUUUAACAACUCCAAUGCAAUUGCAUGUGGUGCAGGAACCACUGACUCGCUGCAUUUUUCUAUUAUCAAGACACCUGCUGUUAACUCUUAAAGGGUUAGGACAGCUCAUGAGGUCUCCUAAAUAUAUUUCGACUAGGUGGGACUAAAGAGGCUUCAUGCAUAGCUUUUAAUUUUUACCCAUAAGAGUAGGACUAAAAUGUAUAUUCUCAGCACUUACGACUAAUUUUCUACUUGCUUUGUGGAUACGGCCCCUAGAUUGAUUGCUUUUAGACUAAUACUUUCUUUCACACUGUCCUCCUCUCCUGUCACUGUCUUGGAUGACCAGUACCAUCCACAAGUUAAAGAACAACUGUAUGCUGUGUAGCAUAUGCUUGUAUGUUCGUUGCAUACUUUCAAAUACGUUUGCAAAUACAAUACGAUGAAUAUAAAGUAAUUUCUGAAAUUCUGUGACAGUUACCAAGGGAACUCGGAUGAGGUUGGCUGCUACGUGGCUCCAAGGCCGUUAUCCAAAGGAAACUGCUACUUUGAGGUAGGCUCCAAUACAGAUUUAAUUAGGUAUCCCUGACUCAGGCAUUGGUGGUCUUGUAGUUCAUUUUGGUCAAUUUAUGUAACAUUAAUCAUUUUGAAGCAUUUCCAUAUAUUUAUUUAUAUAUUCUCCAUAUAUUUAUUUAUAUAUUCUUAAUUCUGUUGCUUUACUUAGAUUUGUGUGUAUUGGGUAUAUGUUGUGAAAUUGUUAGAUAUUACUUGUUAGAUAUACUGCACUGUCGGAGCUAGAAACACAAGCAUUUCGCUACACCCGCAAUAACAUCUGCUAAACACGUGUAUGUGACAAAUACAAUUUUAUUUUAUUUUAUUUAAACAAAUGCAUUUUACUUUACCAUGCUAUUAAUCAAAUUUGACAGACAUAUUACACAAGUUGUCAAGUCAAGAUGUCUCUUGCCUCUAUUGUGUUUCCACACUGUUGUACCCUGUUGUUCCCACACUGUUGUACCCUGUUGUUCCCACACUGUUGUACCCUGUUGUUUCCACACUGUUGUACCCUGUUGUUCCCAUACUGUUGUACCCUGUUGUUCCCACACUGUUGUACCCUGUUGUUCCCACACUGUUGCCUACUGUAGUAUAGGCUAGUCUUUUGACAGUUCAAGAGUCUCGUUCAAGUCAAGAGCAUCGUAAUUCUGAGCCCAUCGCCAGUCACACCCUGUAGAUUAACUGCUGUCUGCACUCAGAGAACUGCACAGCUGCUAAAUUUAGCUGACACUUGAGUAAAAAUAGUUUGCAGACCAACCCAAAAUGUGUUAUUUUUGGACCCUUCUUUUUUUUUAAACAAAUGAUCUGACAAAUGGAUCGAAAAUGGUCGUUUUUCCAGUGUAAAAGAAUGCAGUGUGUAACAUAACUCCCCAGUUAUUCACCAGUACCUUUUUUAAUAGGAGUCCCUCCAGACUAAAUCAUAAAGACAGCAGACUUGUAAAAAAGCAUCCUGGGUUUUGGGAAAGCUCAGGAAAGGAGGACUUGGCUGUACAUUCUGGGAUAGGGAGAGGUCUGGUUCUGGUGUGUAGUGUUGGCUUCCUGAGCCUACUGUAUGCUAUGCCAGGACAGUUAGUGGGUAAGUAGAGUGAUUCUUGAAGGAGUCCUGCUGGUGUCUAUAGAUGAGUCCCAAAUGGCACUCUAUUCCCUUUAUAAUGCACUACUUUUGACCAGGGCCCAUAGUAGUGCGCUAUAUAGGGGAAUAGCAGGCCAUUUGGGAUGCACACUAUGGCGUUGGAGGAUUGAUUGGGCAGACAUAAUGAGUGUCUGACUGAACGCCCGCGCGUGCUUUAACUUUCAUGGAAGGAAAACACAGCCUUGUUUAUAAAAACAGAAGACUGAAGCCAUGUCAUUAUUUUUCUCAUAGUCUUAUCUACUUUUUGACACAUUAACUGAAAUAUUCCCAUGUUUUAAGGACGAUCAUUGCCAAAACUCAGAUUUUAUUAAUCAAUCAUGUAACUGCAAGUUUAACAUAAUCCGUGGUUCUUAUAUGAAAAUGUUUGGUUUUUGAGACUUAGAUCAUUUAGCAGUGGGCAAGGGGUGCUUUCCAACCACCUAUCAGUCAGUUGUCGCCUCAGUUUAUCUUCAGCACACGUGUCCAUCUCAGUUGAAGUGUGUUUAUGUCCCAAAUGGCACCCUAUUCCUUUUAGAGUGCACUACUUUUGACUAGGACCGAUAGGUGCCAUUUGUGACACAACCCACACCAGUCUGACUGAGGAUUAGGGAGCUCUGAAAGGGAUUCAGAACAUGAUACAAUGACACAACAGAGAAACAGACUGCUGCAUAUUCUCUCCCACACUCCAGGGACUGUGCUAGUGAGGUCAUGGGGAAGGAGUUAAUGGUUUCCCCUUUUUAGUGCUCUGGAUCUGUCAGUGUUCUGAUUGCACUCCGUCUACUCAAGCGGCCCUCAGAUAUGAUGUCAUAAUUAAUCGCUGUCGGUAGGAAAGUGUGUAGUCGCAGGUGCUCGUGAACAGCUGUCUGACUGCCACCCCCACAGGGAAAUAUGAAUGAGGACUUUUGAGCAUGUUAGGACCUCUUGCUCAUGCUAUGGUUUUUAAGUGAAGUGGUCUGUGAUGUUUUCAGGUGACCAUCGUUGACACAGGCGUGAGGGGGAUGAUUGCUGUUGGCCUGGUGCCUCAAUACUACAAGCUGGACCAUCAGCCUGGCUGGCUCCCGCACUCAGUGGCCUACCACGCUGACGAUGGCAAGUAAGUUAAUUGAAUUGAACUUUAAUUGAUGUUCAACAACUCAGACUCGCGACGCAUGUGGCAAGGAAAAGAGACUAUCACGGACUACAAAUGCAAAUCCAACUGUGUGGUGCCCACCGAGGUCUCCCUACCAGACGAGCUUAACACAUUCUAUCCUCGAAUUCGGAAGACUCUCGCUGCUCCGGAUGACCAGGUGCUUUCGCUCUCAGAGGCUGACGUGAGGAAAACUCCCAAAAGAGUGAAUACUCACAAAGCUGCCAGUCCAGAUGGCAUCCCUGGCUGCGUCCUCAGAGUGUGUGCUGGACACCACCCUCUGCAACUGGAUCCUGGACUUCCUCACGGGCAAACCAAAGGCUUUGAGGAAUGGCAACAACACCUUCUCCACACUGACUCUUAACAGAGGGGCCCCCCAGGGGUGUGUCCUCAGCCCUCUGCUAUACCAGUUCACCCACGACUGCGUGGCUUUGCACGACACCAACUCCAUCAAGUUUGCUGACGACACUAUGGUUGUAGGCCUGAUAACCAACAAUGACGAGUCGGCCUAUAGGGAGGAGGUAAGUGAACUGGCAUUGUGGUGCCAGGACAACAACCUCUCCCUCAACGGCAGCAAAACAAAGGGAACAUGCUCCAAUCCACAUCAACGGGACUGCAGUAGAGAGAGUCAACAGUUAAGUUCCUCAGCGUCCACAUCACCAAGGACUUGUCAUGGACCAACAACACCACCAGUCUUGUCAAGAGGGUGCAACAGCGUCUCUACUUCCUAAGGCGGCUGAAGAAAUUUGGAAUGUCACCCCGGGUCCUCUCCAAAUACUAACGCUGCACCAUCGAGAGCGUCCUGACCGGUUGCAUCAUGGCCUGGUAUGGGAAUUGCUCCAUCCACGACUGCAAGACCCUCUUACGGGUGGUGGAGACGGCCCAGUACAUCACUGGGACUGUGCUCCCACCCAUCCAGGACAUCUACUCAAAACGGUGCCUGAGGAAGGCCCGCAGCAUCAUCAAGGACCCCACACACCCCAGCCACAAGCUGUUCUCUCCCUUACCGUCGGGCAGUUGGUAUCAGAGCAUGAGGUCUGAUACCAACAGGCGCAGAGACAGUUUCUAUCUACAAGCCAUCAGACUGCUGAACACUAAAACUAGACUGACCACCUGCUCUGCUUCUCUGCACCUUAGCAAACAUGCACUCACGUACUCACACACGCACACACGCACACACACACACACACACACACACACACACACACACACACACACACACACACACAUACACACACACAUUCAUGCUACACACACAUCACAACUGCUGCUACCAGGCUCUUAUUAUGAAGGCUAAAUACUGCACAAUUUAAACACUUGCUCGUCAAUCCCCCUUUCCCAAAAACACGUGUAAAUAUUGGACUAUAAAUUGUACCUUCUUGUAUUAUAUUAAAAUGUUUAUUGUAUUCUACUGAGCCAUUUACUUUGUGUUCAGAUUCCUAGCUUUUAUUAUUGUUCCCCAUGAUGAAAUCGGGGAAGGGACUGUGGAUAUGUCUUUGUCCUUCCGUUCAUUUGUACGUUAGUCACACGCGAUAUUUCAGACAGCAGUGGGCCGCGUUUGAUGAGCUGAGUUUGAUGAAACGUGGGUGAAUGAUGCGUCUUGUCAUAGCGAUACAACAUUUUACUCAUUGGCCCAAGCCGGGAGCUAUAGUAAUUAACUGAAAUGUGUUAGUUACACGCGAUAUCUCAAAUGGCCCAAGUGGGGGUUCUGCAUCAUUCGUGGGGGACGAAAUGUUUACUGUUGCCUUGUUUCUUAUUGUUGUUGCAUUGUCGAGAAGGAACCUGCAAGUAAGCAUUUCGUUGGACGGUGUAUACCAUGUGUAUCCCGCACAUACUCUAAAAUAUCCUAUUUUUCAAAGUUUUGAAUGUAGGCCUACCUCAACAUUCUAGUAUCAGUUUGCUCUAGAAUGCAUAGAGAUAGUUCUAAUGGUAUGUUCUAGAAGGGAAUAGAGAAAUAGGCCUAAUGUUCAUCAACAGAUUUAUUUUGAACGCUCCACAGCACCACUUUCUACAUUCUACCUAAGUUGAGAAACACUACUUGGUAGAGCUGGGCUAUAUAGACAAAAAUCCAUAUCGCGAUAAAUUGCCUGAAUUUACGCAAUAACGAUAAAUAGAACAAUACGUUUAUAACAUUAAUGUACACCACAUUAUUUUUGUUUAUAUCCUUUAAACUACUAAUACUAGUUUGAUGGUUAUAGUCAUCAAUUGGCCCAUUAACAAUCACCCAUAUUAGCUAACUUAUUUCAUUUCUCUAGUAUAGGCUACUUAUGGUAAUGACAAUAUUGUCUUAGUUCUACUACUUGGUCUUCUGUUGUGAAUCUUGAAGUAUGCGAGACCUAUGGGUAACUGCCAAAAUAAAGGAAACACUUGAGUAAAUGAUGGAUACAAAGUAUAUUGAAAGCAGGUGCUUCCACACAGGUGUGGUUCCUGAGUUAAUUAAGAAAUUAAAACAUCCAAUCAUGCUUAGGGUCAUGUAUAAAAAUGCCCAGUUGCCAAUUAUUUUGGCUACCAUGGCUAGAAAAAGAGAUCUCAGUGACAUUGAAAGAGAGGUUCAAAGGAGCAUAGAGGGUUUAAAGUGUGUGUGUGUGUGUGUGUGUGUGUGUGUGUGUGUGUGUCUCAGUCACCAGAUCUCAACCCAAUUGAACACUUUAUGUUGGUGUUUCCUUUAUUUUGGCAGUUACCUGUAUAUGGCUGACAGAUAGUCUGCCAGCUGUGGCUCAGCCAGCACCCUCACGUCUCACUGCUCUGCCAUUCCACAGGCUGUACAAUGGGAACACUGUUGGACAGCAGUUUGGGCCCAAAUGUAACCGUGGCGAUCGUAUCGGCUGUGGGAUCUACCUAGAGUCUUUGGAGGAUGGACAAACAACGGUCCUCUUCACCAAGAAUGGAAAAGAAGUAAGCUCUUAGUCUUAUUCUCUUUCACACACGUAGGCCUACAACAUACAAUCAAGAUCUUGCUGUAAUUUGAUAAAUAUUAUAUUUUCUAUGAUAUGUAACAUAUGUAAUAUGCCAUGAAUGCAGAUUGGGGCACAUAUCCAAGAUUGAGUCUCAAUUUCGUAGUCUUACUCUUGAGACCACAUGUGCAGUCAGGAUCAAGGCUUUGGUCUUAGUCUGGGUCUAGUACUCAAUGGUCCUGGACUGGUCCAGACUCAAUCUCUCUGUCACCCAUCGGACAUAGUAACGUUGUGUUUGCGUCCAGGUGGGCACAGUCGUGGUCCCAGGGUCUCCGGAGGCACUCUACCCGGCCGUGGGGAUGCACUCCCUGGGGGAGGAGGUGCAGCUGGAUCUGCAGGCGGAGUGGGGGAUGGAGGAAGAGGACGGACUGAUGAUGGUUGACAGCCACGAGGACGAGUGGGGGCGUCUCCAUGACGUCAGG